UCUUGACUCAGUCAGUGUAUUCUCGCGUUCAAUGAACUUAGUAAACCCAGUAAAAUAAUGACAGUUCACCUUUUUCGUCCAAGUAAUAAAAAGUAGAAAAAAAAUCAAUAAGGGAUAAAUUUUAUGUUCAAACUUUUAAUUAUAAAUUCUAACUCAUUAUGCGAUAUACCGAUAACGAGUGUGGCAUUGUUUCUUAUCAAGCAUUACGUGGUAUUGCAAACAAGCUUAGUUCGUAUUUAAAUAUGAGAAACAAUGAGGUAAAUAGGGCGAAGAAAAGUGUCGUGUGGGCCUACGUGUGUUGGUUUUUCGGUGGAAUUUUCGGGCUGCACUUGUUCUAUUUGGAGAGGGAUGCACAUGCCUUUCUGACGUGGAGUACCUUUGGAGGAUAUGGAUUGGGGUGGUUAGCUGAUAUUACGAAAAUCCCGCGAUAUGUCCGGGAUUGUAAUGACGAUCCCAAGUUUUUGGGAGAACUGGGAGAGAGGAUGAGGAGAAACCGGAAGCCACCAUUUUCUACCAGUAGAUUUAUUUCCGCUAUUAUGGUUGGUUAUCUCUGGGGACAGUUGGUAAUGUUAGCUAUACCAGAGGAUGACGUCUACGGAAUUAAUUGGAACCCUUAUUUUCACUGGCUAAUUCCUCUAGGAGUUGCAUUAGGUGUAUGGAUAGUAGGAAAUAUAGGACGCGAACGAGGAAAACCUUGGAUUUCAAUAGCAGUAUCAUAUAUCACCUACUCAUCCCGAUGGUACUUUUUCGAUGACAGCACCUGGCUCAGCAUAAUGGUAUUUUGUUCCGGUCUAGCUUUUGACACGUUUUCAAAAGAAUGGAGAAGAACUCCCAGAAAGAAGAGAUCUUUUUGCACGAGGAUGUCAAUUUUAUUUUUUUGUGCUGCGAUAUACUGUGCUUUGUGGAGUUCUUACUUUUACUUUAAUGGAAAAAUAACAGACUCUAACGGAGAUGAGAUACCGAUUCAUGAAGCACUACAUCACUUCUUUACGUCACCUUGGUGGACUGAUCUGAAACAAUCUCUUCACGAUAUUUAUGUAUACGCACAGCAUCACGGGUGGUAUGAGAUAUGGAAACAGAUUAUAGACCUAUCCGAUCCGCAAGGUGAACAAAACGCUUAUAAAGUAUUAGGAGUAGGUCCCACGUCUAGUCAGUCAGAAAUCACCUUGAAAUAUAGAGCACUGAGCAGAGAAUUCCAUCCAGAUAAAGUAAAGGAUCCAGAAAAGCAGCGAGCUGCACAAGAAAGAUUUAUGGAAAUUCAACAAGCCUACGAAAUUUUGUCAAAUAUUAAAAGCAAAAGACGACGAAAGAAUAAGAAAUCUGUUGAAGACACGUAGUACAUAAUAUUUUUUAGUUUAUUUUAUAUUAUACAUGAUACUUCACAUUGGUUUUGUGUGAUUAAUUUAAUAAAUCUUUAUAAUUUAUUAAAAUCAUUUUUUAAUUAUAAAUAAUUUCUUGUAAUAUGAGGCGCUCAGAGCAACAGUGACAUGAGCCACAAAUUGAGCAUUUUUAGAUUAAUAUAUCAAUAAAAGCAGCAACAUUAAAUCUUCGGAUUAACAAGGGUCUACACAACCUACCUAUGUAUUUGGCUAAAUGGCGCUACAAAAUUUGUAGCGCCGUCCCAUAAGCAUAAUGUAAAUACGAAUGCAAAGGUUGCAUUUAUCUCAAAAAUUUGUUUUUGGGGUUAGGUCACUGUUGCUCUGAGCGCUCAUAUGAUCAUGUAGAUAUUUCGAUUUCUUUUUUUUUACUUACAUCUAGAAAUCUCCCAUUUUCUAAAACGAUUGAAACCAAGACUUUCUCACUUCUAGUGUCGCUGUCUAGAAUUUCGGGCUAGCUUCCUAAUUUUUAAUUAUUCGCAAACUCCAUUUCUGCUGCUUCAUCAUCAGAAAAUGAGUUCAAAUUUCCAUCUUCAUCUUCUAAUCUAGAACAAUACGUUACAAGCCUGUUCAAUGCAGAAGGAUGGAGAAAGUAUUCUAACUUAUUAGGCCUAGCCCUGGAUUGGUUAGGAUCUUUGUCUGUAUCGUCAACCAAUACAGAUCAAUUUGAAUAUAAACUUUCAAAUUUGAUACAUAAAUUAAGAGUCAUUACCUAUGCUUGUAAUUAGGAAUUAUUGUACUCUCAAAAUAAUUAAUAUUAAAUCCAGUAGUGAUUGAUCAUAUUGGAAGGUAAAGUACAGGACAAAAGAUUAGUAAGAAGACGCUCGAACUCGUGGCUGAAGGACCUGACAAAACGGUUUGACCGCUCAUCCGCAGAAAUUUUUCUUGCAGCAGUUUUCAAAGCUACAGUUGCCAUUUGGAUCGCCAAUCUUUGAAAGGAGACGGCGCAAUAAGAAGAAAUGAUUGAUAUAACCUCAACAAACAGUGACUUACUUUACUUUCAUUAUCAACAAAACAAAUGUUUUGUAGAGAAAGCAAACUAGUGCUGCUGCUAGUGGUGAAUUAAUAUACUAAUGAUUAAAGCCACUUUCAGUCUGAAUAGUACUAUGUUAAGGGUUCCAUUUACGUUGAGAUAGGUAUCGAUACAUGUAUCGCGACAAGUUGCGAUACACGUAUCGUGAGAUUUGUGUCUGUUUCACGACAGAGAUGCAUGCGACGAUAGAGUUGUAGACGACGAAGAUUGAGAGUUGUGAUACUGAUACAGCGAUACUGAGACAGCCAAAUACACGAUGAGAUUUGUAUCACGAUACUGGUACUUGCGACAUAUAUCUUAAAAUUCUAAAAUUUUUAAUCUUUCUACAGAAGUAUCUUAUAAUUAGAAAUUGUUUAUAAUAUAAAUGAAAAAUUUAUUUAACUUUACUCUAGAUUAUUUAAUAAAACAAUUCUAGUUUAAUUGUAUUAAUAUUAUUAUAUUUACAAUAAAACCAAGUUUAAGAAUAUUCUCAUGUAUAAUAAAUGAACUUCAAAAACGACAGACACUAUCUUGACACAUCUUGUAAAUAAUCACAUGUGUUAAAUUUUUGUUAUAAAAUAUUUUAUAUGUAUAAUGUUUACUUUUAUUUAAUACGUUUGUUUAAUUGUUGGGACAUUUGUAAUACUGUAGCAAAAACCGAAAAUAUUAUUUAUUUGCGAUUGCAAUGACAUGAUGUUAUUUCAUUUAAAUGUAAGAUUAUGUGUGAUCUUUAGCGUAACAUGAAAUAAAGUUUUAUAAUAUUGGAAA